AUGGGGUUCUUUGAUAAACUGCAUGCAAAGUACGAGUUGUAUAAAUUAGAACAGCGCUACACCAAGCGUAAAAGAAGAACCACCUUCAUCUCGGACGCCAAAUAUGUCGAUGGUGAAUACGUAUACAACUCAUACCAGCCAGCCAGCCCCCAAAAGAGCAGCUUCCGCGUCUCGGAGACGGGCUCAUCGAGUCGGCGAGGCUCAAACAACAGUUAG